GUUUGCUAUAAAAUCUUUCCAUUGCCGGGUUGCCCACCAUAACUCGUAUAAUUUUUUUUCUGAUUAGAUUUCAAACAAAAAACCUUUAUUGUCAACUGAAUAUUCGUGCUUUGGGUACAAGAGAAAGUGUGAAGUAUUCAUCAACACAGCUGAGUGGUAUAACAGAUCUAAACGAGUGAAUUUAGAGAUAUUUUAGAAUGGCUCCAGGAGGAGUGACCCCAAGCGACAAGAAAAAUGAAGAGGAAAAACCUUCUGGAAGCAAUGUACGACCUGAAUAUAACAGAACAGUAAGCGUAGAAGAUGUUUCUGGCCAAGCACCAGACAUCGUCAAGUCCUUUUUGGCUACGUGCUUUGAAAAGGAUGGUCUAAAGGUGCCUGAAGAAUUAACUGCAGAACAACACAAAGUGAAUAAACAAGUAGCCAACGUGUUAAGAGAGAUUGGAGACAGUUUGAACCAACAUCCUACCCUAAACACAUUAAUAGAUGAGAUUCAUGUUACAAAGGACACUGCUUUUGAUACUUUCCUAAGUGUUGCAAUGCAGAUCUUCCAGGAUGGGAAAGUAAACUGGGGACGUGUUGUCACCCUUUUCUACUUUGGAUACAAACUUGCUAUCCAAGUGUUAACACAAAUACCACUCAUUAAGAUGAUAAUUGAGUGGGUUGUCAAGUUUAUAAAGGAAAAGCUUGUUCAAUGGAUAGCUGAACAAGGAGGAUGGGAAGCAAUAAUGGACUACUUCAAGACGUUGAAGAACCGGCAUGAACUGGAAUUCAAGUUUGUAGUUGCCACAUGUGUAACUGUUAUCACGCUGGUCUAUUUAUGGAACAGAAGAUAAAGUGAUCUGCAGACAGUCAUGCAUCCAUCAUGUCAGUACAGCCCAUCCUCCUUUUCUUAAAAUUUCCUUUAACAUUCCUUCGACUUUCAUUUAAUGUCAGAAUAAUCAAAAACAAAGCUUAUUCACCAGAAAAACAGAUAACAACUUUUUAAAUUGCCAUCAAAAUUCUCAAGAUUUGAGAAAAAAGAAUCUAGAAAAGCAUAAGAUUAUGUUCUAUGGUUUUGUUAUUAUUUCACAGAAAGUGUUCAUGUAUGAACAGAUCUAUUAAUAGAUCAAGUAUUUAGUAUGAUCAGCAUUUUAAUUUCACAUUUUUGUUAUGACUGAAGUAAAAUUAUUAAAUUUAACACAGAUUCUUUUUGGUGAAAAUGGAUUUUAUUUAGCUAUCUUUCACACUUUGUUUUUUUAUUUUUGGGGUUGUUUUACAAAAUAAUUUGAUUUUGUAGAGAAAAUAUUGUAUGCAGUCAGAAUAUCUUUAUUUCUGGUUAUAAACUUUGUUAGAGUUUGGAUUUAAA